AGACGUCUCAUUUCCCCUUGGAGACGUCACUGCAAGCAAAGCGGACGCCUUCAUCGAAACACUGCUCGUGGAGCAACAAGAGAGACGGGCCGCAAACUCGUGAGUUAUAAUAUCGUGUGAGCGGCUUAUUUGAAUUCUUUUACUUUUUCUUUUUCUUAUCGCAAAAAUUGUUUCAUAAAGUAGGCACCUCAAUAAACCGAUAACUUUGAUUUUCGACGAAGCUGCUUCCGUGUAAGCCUUGUUGCAUCGGAUACUUCUGCAGAAACACGAGACCACCUUCGUCUUAGUAUUUCCAUACUACUACAUCAGUUAGCACUUGUCGUUCGUCAAUAUAUCGACAUUUGUUCUAACCAUAACCUCCUGCAUGCCUAGCGUAAAAUAAAGAGCUCUGCACGUUUUAUCUUCCCAGAGUGGAGAUUAUUUUCGAAAAAAUCGCAAAAAACUGGUACAGUUCAAAAGUAUAGUCGUUUUUUUUUUCCUCCAACAACAACAAACUUAGCAAGCCGUGUGCUGAACAAGAUUGGGAGCUACUGUUUUUGAAUUUGGGUAAAAUACUCGUCUGCUGUCACAGCCGCAUUGAGAAAUCUCUUUUCAACUACCCCGUUGAGAAGAUAUUGAAGCCACGGGAUUCGGGUUUUACUUACGUGCGCGAUUGAUUUUUUGGCGAGAACCGCUGCAAAACUCUAACCAGAUCAACAAGCUGGACUUACGGCUUUUUUUUUAUCAAUAUCUCACUUAAAUAUAUAAACUAUCAAAAACAAUAUCGAGGAGAACUACGACAAAGGUACUUACCCUUUAGGCAGCCCGCGGACUUGGAUUGCCUUUGACUGUGAAACGCUCGACGCCCCCGCAGCCGCCGUGGCAAGCACUCUUACUUUUUUCCGAUUCUUCGAAACGAAAUCGCCAUGUUUUCCGUUUCGAGGAGUAAAUCGCGGGCGGUGCUCGCCAAGAACUGUGCUGCGAAGCGGCUCCAGACUCAGCUGCAGCGGGUGCACUUUUCCAGUACGACGUCCUCUUCCUCGGAGCAGAAGAUGCGCAUCAGCACCGCCGCAAAACUCGGCAGUAGCAGCCCUUCCACCACGGCCGAAGUUGGCGCACCAACAGGACUCGCUGCGCCAGUAUUGAGCAAUGUCACGACAACUACAGUUACGAACCGCUAUUCGAUCUUUUUCCCCUUGUUUUGAGUAUGCUCUGUCUUGCUCUUGCGCGUGCUGGCGUGUACUUAUCUCACGCAGUGCGUUAUGAAUGUUGCUGCUGCAUUAACUCCGACUUAGUCGUGCGUCACAGGUGCAGCAGGGUGAGGGUGACUUACACUUAUGUCACAAGACUUUUGUCCCAAGGAAGCCAAGAAGAUCGAAGUUUGCAUUGUAUAGCAGCAAGCUCAAGUUCCUCUUCAUCCUCGUCGCGGAGUGUCAAGGAAGCCCUAUCAGAUACACAUUUGCACCUUCCAUGAUAUAAUCGCGAUUAUUGAUUCAUGUUUUCCACUGAACAUCAGGCAUAUUGUGUCAGUCAGAUGCAAAGACUCCACGCGGACGAAGCAGGGUUGCACAUCAAUCGUCAGAAAAGUGAGAACUAAGAGAGAACAUCAAUAAAGCAUGUAAAGUUGAUGUAUCUUCUAUGUGUUGGCUGCAAAUUUUCCCAAGGAUAAUCCCUCAAAUUCACCGAUACAUUUCCCGAAAGGUUGGUUUUUCGCUGCCGGUUAUGUUUUGCUGCAAUGGAAACAAAUGGUCGACUGAAUGUGAUAGAGUUCUGUCUGACACUGUAAAAAUUCAAGACGAUGAACUGUAGAUCAGCAUCAGCCGCCCGAGGAACGUACAAGAUCAUCUUUUGUAAAUGGGUAAAAACGAAUUUUUUCCACAGGCACCUGGGUCCGUCGGAGCGGGAGAUUCAGUUCAUGCUGGAAACCCUGAACGUUGCGACGAUGGAGGAGCUGCUGCAGCAAACCAUCCCCCAGCACAUCCGCAAGCAGCUGACGGAGGAGGAGCUGAACGCCCCGCGGACGCGGUCCGAGACGGAGGUGGUGGCCCAGCUGAAGGAGAUGGUGUCCGACAUCCGGAAGCGGAAGAACUACCUCGGCCAGGGCUACUACGGCACCCUGGUGCCGCACUGCAUCCUGCGGAACCUGUUCGAGAACCCCGCGUGGUACACCGCCUACACGCCGUACCAGGCGGAGAUCUCGCAGGGGCGGCUGGAGAGCCUGUUCAACUUCCAGACGCUGGUCACCGAGCUGACGGGCAUGGAGGUGGCGAAUGCCAGUCUGCUGGACGAGGGCAGCGCGUGCGCCGAGGCGGUGGCCAUGCUGCUGCGGGUGUCCAACCUGAAGGACAAGGACACGGUGUUUGUGUCCGACACGGUGCACCUGCAAACCAUCAAGACGGUGGAGACCCGGGCCAAGUACCUGAAGAUCAACCUGCUGGUCGGGAACGCGGAGGAGUUCGACUUCUCGCAGGAAAACCUGAUCGGCGCGGUCCUGCAGUACCCGGACACCUUCGGGCGGCUGAAGGACAUGUCCUCGAUCGCGGACGAGUUGCACAAAAACAAGGGGCACCUGAUCGUGGCCGCGGACCCGCUGAAUUUGGUGUUGGCGAAGACGCCCGCGGCCAUGGGGGCGGACGUGGUGGUCGGCAACAUGCAGCGGUUCGGCGUCCCGAUGUUCGCCGGGGGCCCCAGCGCGGCCUUCUUCGCCACCCAUUUGAAGUACCUGCGCAAGAUGCCGGGCCGGAUCAUCGGGGAGUCGCUCGACAAGGAGAAGAACCCCGCCUACCGGCUCACGCUGCAGACCCGCGAGCAGCACAUCCGCUACGACAAGGCCACUUCGAACGUGUGCACGAGCCAGGCGCUGCUGGCCAACGCCAGCGCCAUGUAUGCCGUGUACCACCAGAAGGCCGGGCUGCAGAAGAUCGCGCAGCGGGUGGUGGGGCUGGCAAACGCCUUUCGCAACGAGAUGGCGCUGAACACGCUGGGCUCUAGGGGCGGGGGCACGUCGCCCUCCACGAAGGUAGUCGACCUCUCCACGCCGCACUUCGACACCAUCCCGGUCAACACGCUGCCGCUCGCGGCGGAAGAAGUCGCGGCCAAGAUGGCGGACCUGUACGAAACGAACGUCCGGGUGCUGAACAGCGCACAGAUCGCGGUCUCCAUCGACGAGUCGCAUUCCUUGGAGGACAUCCAGCAGUUAGCUGCGCAGCUGACCCACAUUCUGGGCCUGGACGGCACCUCCACGACGAACAAAGCCACUCUGCCCGACGGCGAACAAACCACGACGGCGAACCAAGCAGACCUGAUUGCGUGCACGGAGCUCCCGCCCGAGUUCCAGCGGCCGGCGGGCGAGCCCUUCCUGGAGCAGGAGAUCUUCAAUUCGAUCCACUCGGAGACGGAGAUGAUGCGGUAUUUGCACCGGCUGCAGAGCAAGGACCUGUCCCUGGUGCACAGCAUGAUCACGCUGGGGUCCUGCACCAUGAAGCUGAACUCGGUCAGCUCGCUGCUGCCGCUGUCCUGGCACGACGAGAUCGCCAACGUGCACCCCUACGCGCCGGUGGACUCGGUGCCGGGGUACCGGAAGAUGCUGCACCAGCUGGAGCAGUACCUGUGCAAGAUCACCGCGUUCGAUGCGUGCUCUCUCCAGCCGGCAUCCGGCGCCAUGGGCGAGUACGCCGGGCUGUUGGCCAUCCGGCGGUACCACGAGAGCCAGCUGGGGGUGGCGAAGUCGAAGGAGAAGAAUCUGUGCAUCAUCCCCAAGUCGGCGCACGGCACCAACCCCGCGUCUGCGGCCAUGAUCGGCAUGGAGGUGAAGUGGAUCGAUGACAGCAAGGGGCAGCUGCCGCUGCAGGAGCUGAAGCAGAUUUGCGCGGAGAACAAGGGAAAAAUCUCGGCGUUGAUGAUCACCUACCCCAGCACCCAAGGCAUCUUCGAGGAGCAGAUCGUGGAAAUCUGCGACACCAUCCACGAGGCCGGCGGGCUUGUCUACAUGGACGGAGCCAACAUGAACGCCCACCUGGGGCUCACGGCGCCCGGGAAAAUCGGCGCCGACGUCUGCCACUUGAAUCUGCACAAAACCUUCUCCAUCCCGCACGGGGGCGGCGGGCCGGGUACUAUUUUUUUCAAGGUUGUCGGAAAUUGAUAGACUCAAACUUACUAGUAUGCGUAUCAAUCAUGCAAGAUUCAUCUUCAUGGCCAUCAAAAAUAGAGCUUUACGAUUUUUGGUUUUGCGUGGCGCAUAGUCGUACCAUGGCGAUAUAUAUCCGUGACUUCUGUUUCUGCAGCGCGGAGUGGUCGCUUUUUGUUUCCAAUAUGAGAGGACACAGCAACUACAGUACCCAUUAUUAAGAGCAAAAGCUUCGGAGCCUGGCACAUCGCCAACAUUCGUUUCAUGUGAUCUAUCUUGAUGAUGCAAAAUAAAAUCUCUACAGGUAUGGGUCCGAUCUGUUGCAACAGCAAGCUGGCGCCGUUUCUGCCGGGGCACUUCCAGUUUUCGCGGAACAGCGAGAAUGCCGUGAGCAAUGCGCCGUUUGGGCAGGCGGGGAUCGCGGCGAUUCCGUGGAUGUUCAUUUCCAUGCUGGGUGCGGAGGGGCUGCGCAAGUCCGCGGAGGUGGCCAUUCUGAACGCGAACUACCUGAAGGAAAGACUGCAGUCGCACUACAAAAUCGCGUUUUCCGACGUGAAGCCGCGGUGCAGCCACGAGUUCAUCCUGGAGGUGGCCGACAUCAAAAAAGCGACGGGCGUCACCGAGGAGGACAUCGCAAAGCGGCUGCAGGACUACGGCUACCACGCUCCCACCAUGUCUUGGCCCAAGCUUAUCGCGCAGAAAAGAAAUUAUCUUCAAGCUCGCACAGGAGGGCAGACACUUGGUUGCUUGCUGCUUCUUUUCGUACGUGCUGUGUACUGCAUGAUUUUUACUGUCUUCGAAAAAUUGAUUUGAAUACAACUGCUGGUCUACCGUACAUCUUCUGCAGUGAGUUCCUGUAAAAAACAUCAGCAAGAACAGGAACAAUGUGAUGGAGAAUCUAUGUGCUAUUACACCAAUCAAACAAUGGUAAAUUAAAAAGUAUGUGUCUGUGCUGUGCUAGCGAAGAUUUUCGUUUUCCGCUGGAAAAACCCACACUCGCUGAUGAUCGAACCGACGGAGUCUGAGGAUCUCUCGGAGUUGGACCGCUUCUGCGAUGCGCUGAUCGCAAUUCGCGAGGAGAUCCGGAAAAUCGAGACGGGUGAGUACACACAGACCGACAACCCGCUCAAGAACGCGCCGCACUCGCAGCAAGUCUGUUUGGCGAACGAUUGGAUCUUUACGCAGUUGAAAAGAGCACCACAGCCUGACAGAAUCAAUGAUCGGUGAAAUGUGAAAGUGAGCUCAACAGUAAAGUUUUUGUAUGCACUGACAGACUUGACACAGACAUUGACAUGCAAUUCGCUGCCCCUGGCCAUGGUCAUCGAGAGGACAACAUGUAGUUCAUUAGUAGUGUACAGUACAGUCGUUGCGACUUCUAGUCUUGUCGAAAUGAAAUUGAAAACUCGAACAGAAAAACGCAUUUGCACGUCUGGCAUUGCUGAGCGCUCGAGCAUGUAGUUGCGGGGAUCGGUCGCUCUUUCAAACUGGAUACGCCCGGACUGCUACUCGCGGGAGACGGCCGCGUUCCCACUGCCGUACUUGAAGGAACGGGGUAAGAUCUGGCCUGCCUGCUCCCGAGUGGACAACGGGUUUGGGGACAAAAAUUUGAAAUUGACCCUCCAGAAAACGCAGGGAGAGGAAGCGUGAGCAGGCUCUUCGAGCUAGGUUCUUGUUUUGGUCGAGGUAGUAGGUGAAAAACAAGAAGGUCUCAAACUGCAAAUGAAAGAAUAAGAAUUUACAAGUUCAAAAACAAGAACUGUAUUAGCAGAAACUACUUUGUCGUCCAGCAUGGGAGGCUGCAGCUACAAGAGAGAGCAACAUUGCAUUAAGUGCUGCGUCCGACGGACAGAAAGCAGAAGGACCCAAAACAAGUUUGAGCACAAGCGCAGGACGAAAGCAGAAAUGCGCAUGACAGAUUAAUAUAGUGAACUUCUACCCGCAUCGAUGUCGAUGACUUUACACUGAGCUAACCUUUGUGCUGACGCUGAACUCCAAGACCUACAGGGAAGAACUCAGCACUUCACUCAUGCGCCAAUUUUGGGAAUACAAUAUGUAAAUCUUUCUACUUCUAUGUCAACCUCUGCACCUACGACAACGUCCGCGAGGACAACGGUCUACUUACUACGCGUUUAUUUGAUAUCUAUGAUUCGGAUUCCGGAAGGUAAACCGUGCAGGUUUGUUCUGCACCAACAAGAAACAAAUUGAAAUUACUACUUCUCCUCCCUUUCACUGUUUUUCAAGAAAUGCUUGCAAGAAAUAAACGAGGCCAGGACUCCUUUGUCUACAUCAAGAAGAUUCCGGGAGUAUGAUAAACCGGCGAUAGAAGGGGUGAGUCCAGUCUUCUAAUAGCUUUCUUUUGUUUACGCGAAAAAUGUCAUUGAGUAUUCUAGCCUAGUGUGAAGAUCAUGAGAACUACGCUCCUUAAAAAGUGACUUAUUUAUUUGCAAUGGGACAAAACUUUAUGGCGACACGACCCAGAAUUAGCAAUACUACCAGUUUGCACCGGUUGCGUGAGCCUCUUAUGGAUUCGGAUUUGUUUAUUGUUUCGUUUUGGUAGACCUGGCGAUGCUGAUGCAGUACUUGCAAGUGUCCGCUAGAGAUGUCACGCGCAGCAGCUUGCUGCGAUACUACAACUGCUUCUACUCGAAAAUACAGCGUCGCCGCAGUGUUCAUGUGGUCUCGUUCCUCGACUCACGAGGAGGUGUCUGCAAACCCCAGUGUCUAUGUUUUCACUACUCAAAAAAACUUUCUUCGGUCAUUGUAUAGUCUCGAAAGUUUCAGUCACCAGGUCUUGGUCUUAUUUUCACGUUGUCAAGCCAAAAGCUAGUUGCUAGUCUAUCUAUCUUUAAACUACCAUCAUUCUCUGAACCACGUUGGUUGCAAAAGUAUGAGUGAACCCACUGCGGUGGAGCAGCA